CUCCCGCAUACUCUCUCUCUCUCUCUCUCUCUCUCUCUGUAAGAGCCCACGGAUUGGCUUACUUUCUUUGACUGCCCUUCUCUCUCCAAAUCCCAUUUUCCAUAUAAAUCAUUCUUGAGCCUCUCUCUUCCUGCAGAAUCUCGUUCUCCGGCAAGGAACAACAACCCACCCACCAAAUUUCUUGGUUUCCCUUCCGUCUGCGAAGGGGUUGUUGCAUAUACUCCUCCAAAAGUCUUGCGGAGUUUCCAUUCCGACCUUUGAAUUCCUCAAACCGCUCGUGCUGUUCAAAGUCCCCCACGUUGAAAUCAACAAGGAACACCCCCGUUCAAAGUUCGCAAUCACGGUCCGUAUUUGAAGGUCGCGUAGACCCUCCCUCCUCUUCUACCCUUUGGGGCGCCCGUAUAUAAAGGGGGAGUUGGGGUCUGCCUCAGGCAUAUCUUGUGAAAAUCGUCUUUAAGCUCUCAGAAAAACAACUUGUUCGCGAGGGAAAAGGAAAUAUAAGAGGAGAGGAUUUCUGGGCUCAGUUCUUGAUUGUGGACUGACAGGUCAGUGCUGAAAUUUGUAUGGGUGUAUCACUUUCCUUGCUCAGAUCUGCUUGGCACGAAAUCGUUGCUCAUUGGUGUGUCAAAUUGGCCCACAACAUCAGUUCAUCUCCCAAGGAACCAAAAGCGAUUGCCUCGAGGAGAGGUAGCUUGAAGAGAACUAAUUUACGAGUCAUGACCAAUUCAGUUGCCUCGGACAAGACCAAUUCUAAGAAUUCCAUCAAACACAAAGACUGCAAGCCCGAAAACGUGGUGCUCGAACGAACCCUGUCCUUUGAGAAUUUCUUACAAGGUAAAGAAGCCAACCGGGCUUCGGGUAACUUAACAGUCAAAGAUGGUCCGAAAUCUAAACCGGCCAGAGGAUUGUCCCUUCCUAAACCUGUGAUAUUUUUCUCGCCGAGACCCAAAUGCGAGCUCGAUGCUGCGGCAGUUAAGGUGCAGAAAGUGUACAAGAGUUACAGAACAAGAAGAAACUUGGCAGAUUGCGCCGUCGUUGUCGAGGAGCUCUGGUGGAAGGCGAUAGACUUUGCAGCCCUGAAGCAUAGUUCCGUAUCAUUCUACAAGGAUGAUAAGCCUGAAACUGUUGUUUCUCGGUGGUCGAGGGCAAGAACUAGAGUCGCCAAGGUAGGAAAAGGUUUGUCAAAAGACGAGAAGGCUCAAAAGCUAGCAUUACAGCACUGGCUUGAAGCUAUUGACCCACGGCAUCGUUAUGGCCACAAUUUGCAUCUCUACUAUGACGUGUGGUUCAACAGCGAGAGUACAGAGCCUUUCUUCUACUGGUUGGAUGUUGGACGUGGUAAAGAUGAGAAUCUCAAAAAGUGCCCAAGAAAUGUUCUGCAUAAGCAAUGCAUCAAGUAUCUCGGACCUAACGAAAGAGAAGCGUAUGAGGUGAUUAUCGAAAAUGGAAAACUCAUGUAUAAGCAACGCAGCGAGCUUGUAAACACCAUGGAAGGUUCAAAGUGGAUAUUUGUACUUAGCACGUCGAGGGCCUUGUAUGUGGGUAAAAAGGAGAAAGGCGUGUUUCAGCACUCCAGUUUUCUUGCUGGUGCAGCCAUCACUGCAGCCGGAAGAUUGGUCGCCCAUAAUGGGAUUCUAGAGGCUAUUUGGCCAUACAGUGGGCACUACCACCCAACAGAAGAGAACUUCAAGGAGUUCAUCAGCUUCUUGGAGGAGCAUCAUGUAGAUCUCAGCAAUGUCAAGAGGUGUGCAAUCGAUGAUGAUGAUCCUUCAUCCACAGCCUCCAAUGAGGGCUCAAAACAUAAAACAAGCGAGGACCCUGCAGAAGCCGCCCCAUCGGAUGCCCUGGGAGCUGUUGACUUGGUUGCUGAGCCAGAGAAGCCCACCGUCAAACCUGGACUUCCGCAAGAAAAUGUCACGAAUGCCCGUGCCAAGGCAGAGCCGCCGGUGUUCGACUUUGCCAGGCGCUUGUCGUGCAAGUGGUCGACAGGAACCGGGCCUCGCAUCGGCUGCGUGAGGGACUACCCCACGGAGCUCCAGUCACGGGCGCUGGAGCAGGUCAACCUCUCUCCGAGAGUUGUCCCGGGAGCCUUCGGGGGUUACGGUCCGAUCCCUUCCCCGCGGCCGAGCCCAAAGGUCAGGUUGUCCCCACGGCUUACUGGCAUGGGCCUCCCGAGCCCAAGGACUGUGUCUGCUUCAGCUAGCUAAGUUCGUUCAUUGAGGGGACGCCGGGGCGGGCUUCGAUUGUGGAGGCAUCAGGCCGGGCCAAGGUCCGAUAACUUUUGAUGGCUGAGGCACUUGUAGUUCUGUUGCUCUCGGCUCGAGAUUUCUAAUUUCUAGGGAAAAAUAAGACGGCUGAAGAGCCUAUAUAGUAGAGGAGAGUUCAGGGACUAACCCCAUUUUUUCAUGUAUCUAGUCAAUUUCUUUGUUCAUUCAAGUGUUAUUUACCCAAUUGUGGCUCUUUUUUCCAAUUCUUUUUUUGUAUACCCGAUCGAUGCCGCACUUCCUUUUCUACUUUUCAAGAUUAGGGCUGUAAAAGUGCAGUUGAUAAAGAAGCUUGAAAUCCGUUUGCAAGUUCAUUGA